UUCUCCCCCACGGUGCAGCCACCAGUUUCUCCCUCCGCCUGCCAGUGAUUCCAGCAGAAGGCAUCAAUUUUAUUCGUUCGUUUCUGCUUCUGAUAUUGAUGGUCUCUGGGCACUGUCACGCCUGCCUUCAGCUGGCUCCAGUCAUCAAACGCAAUGCUCUGCUUGUUUUGACUCUACUUCUCUUGAACCUGGAGUCCUGUAGUGCAGGUACAUAUGCCCUAAAUUGCAAACUCAUUGUCAAGUAUCGUACUCUACAAGGACAGUGCUCAGUGAAUGGAAAGACUCUCCUUGAUUUUGGUGAUGAAAACCAUGAGGGAAAUGCCACUAUGCUGUGUCCUGCUUUAAACCAAAGCCUGAAAGAUAUUUUAGAAGUAAUAUGGAGCCUGCAAUCAGGUAAUCAUGCCUUACAUGUCACCAUAACAUCUCAAUAUAAUCAAAGAGAAUCCAUUCAUGAACACUGGACCAUCAGCACUGAUAAACAGUGUAGCAUCUACUUUGAUCUAUUUAAUAAGACCUGGAAAGAGAGUCAUUCUGGUGCCAGCUGUGCCAUGGAGCAAUUGAAGAAAAACAAGGAAGUAGAACAAGGACUCAGGAAGGUCCGAGAGGGAGAUUUCAGUUACUGCCUCAAGAAAUUGUGGCCAUACUCCAGAGAAAUGCCAACCUUGCCAACCACUGCUGCACAUGUGGACCAGUCUCGAUCCAUGGCAUGCAAGUCCAGCCCCUUUGUUGGGUUGAUAAUGAUAUUGCUCAUCUACGUCCUCCAGCAUGUUUUCUAAGGAGAAUCCAAGACAGAGACAGGGUGAAGAUGCUCCAGAGAAAGUCGUGACAAUUCAUCGGGUGCAGCCACUGCCCCCUUUCAUCAUCCUCAACACAUGACUCAUCAUGCUGCAGACAUAGUAUUUCAAAGCCUUUCCACUCUGUGCUAGGCACUGUGGCCCUUGCUAAUCACAGGUUCCUUUUUCUGUGGGUGAUUUGUCCAUAACAUGCAAUUACUUGAUCUAGAGAUUUGGAAAAAAAAUACAAAUAUGUAUCUAUACCAACCAUAAAAAAGCAGCAACAACAGGAUAACCAAAUCUCUUUAGUGGGAGUGUGAAGUCUUUACUCCUGUAUAUAUAAUCCAUCAGUGUCUAUGUAAUUCUGAGNCUGUCUAGAAGGAGCCUGCACAAGGCAACGUUCUCUACACCAUCAAUGAAAAAUAGAUAUAUGUGCCAUUUUAUAUGACUAUAUAUGAUAGAAACAAUCUACUUUUAUAACAUAA